AUAUGCAAUUAGAUUUUGAUAAUAAAUUUGAAUCUAAUGAACUUGAAUUAUUAUUAUCUAAUAAUGAAUCUGAACCUGAAGCAUUAUUAUCUGAUAUUGAAUUAAAUUCAGAAUUGGAAGAAAUACUUAAAACUAAUAAUGAACCUGAAUUAUCAUCUGAUACCAAAUCAAAUUCAGAAGAAUUAUUAUCAUCUGAUAUUGAAUCAAAUUCAGAAUUAGAAGAAAUACUUGAAAAUAAUAAUGAUUUUAUAGAAUAUUUUUCAAAUAAUUCUGAUAAUAUUUAA